ACCCUCUUUCCUAAUCUUCUCUCUCGCUAAGCACCCCACAAAAAAAGGUAAAAAGCGAAUCCAUCCCUUAACCUUUUUAUCUUAGUAUAAAGGACGAACUGGAAAUUUACAGCGCCUCAGCCUCUGUUCUUCCACUUCACCUACCUCUUGGAUCCCACUUUCCAAUUCACCCAAAUGCACCGCCUGAUUCGCAAACUCCGGCCUCGCCUCCUCUCGUGGCUCCGCCGAUCUCGGUCGGUUUGUCGGAAUUCGGAGUUUAAUUUGCUCAAUUCGACGUGGGUUUGUUUUUGGUUUUUGAUGAUGUUGGUUGAACUGUCUUGGAGCUGUUAGCUGUUACUCUGUUUUGGUCUUCAGGGCUGUUGUGUCCCAGAUUUCUAUCUGAAUUUUGAGAUUUUGAGGAAUUUGUUCGUUUCGUAGAUUCUAGUAAUUUUGUAGGUCCACUGUUAGAAUCUGAGGAUUUGCUCUUAAAACUGGCCAAUUGAGGAAGGAUUUUUUAAGCAAUUUGGCUAGUUAUAUUUUCUUGGUUUGAAUGUGAUAUACCGAAGCAGACCUUUACGUUUUGAGUAAUGCUACAGAGACUAAAUUUUUCAAACUAAAUGAAAUGGGAGUUAAUGAUUCGAUUAUGACUUAAGCAUUGAUAAACGUACUCAUUCCUACUGGUGACACAGCAUUUAGUUUGUAAAUUUUGUCUCUGUAGCAUUACCCGUACGUUUUUGUUUCAUUACGGUCUGUAAAAAUUGUGAAAAGUUUAACUUGGCUCUUUGAUUGAGCCAAACCUGUCUUCAGAGGCUUCUUUUUGUUUUUGUAUGCGCUAAUUAGCCAAGUUAAAUAUCUGUCGAAAAGCUUGUUGAACAUUAAUGCAGAAAUCAUCUCUGUUAUGCAUGUGAGCAACUUCAUGUUUAGUGAAGUAUUCUUACUGAAGUAAAUUUCAGUUGAUCCUCAAGUGGUAAAUUUCGGUUGAUAGAAGUUACAUUUGAUGAACAAAGACCAAGUUUUGCGAAACUUUUAAAGCGACUGAUUAUGGAUUAAGAUACAUGUCCAUUAAUACUAUACGAUUCUCUGAGUUUCGGAUUAAAUAGGGGUAAUUUGGAUAGCGUCUGUGUUUCCCUUAAUUUCUUUCUCUCUCUCUCAAGAUUGGGCCUGCACAGUUUAUCUUCGAUCACCUCACUCUGCACCAAUUCCCCAUAGUUACAAUGUAUUUCUAGUUUCUCUUCACUUGUAACUCUUCGAAGUUCAGACUAAUUAUUAUGAGGCAACGGCUUGGAUUUUGACUCCUAAUAUAACCUGGAUAUCAUAGCCAAAUAUUAUUUAUGAAGCAUUUUCCUUACAAGGAUAUAAAGAGAGCAACGGAUGGUUUUGAGACAAUCAUGUAUACCAAUUCUCAUAUAGCUGCUUAUAAGGCCAGAUUUCAUGAUGGUGGAGUUGUAUUGAUAAAAGAAAUUAGAGACUACGAUCAAGGAAAAGAUGUCUUCUACAGAGAAGUGCAACUCUUGGGGUGCUUGCAUCAUCGUCACCUUCUUGCUCUCAGGGGAUUCUCUACUGGACAUAGACGGUUCCUAGUGUUUGACAACAUAGAAAGGGGGAGCUUGAAGGAGCAUCUUAAUGGUAACAUUCCAAGCAGAAUUUUGUGUACGUGUGCAUCUGUGCAAAAUUUGAUUCUCUCUUUAUUGUUGGCAGAUCCCAUUAGAACUCCCUUGAAUUGGAGGACACGGCUACAAAUAGCCAUUGGUGUCGUGGCAGCAUUGGAGUACUUGCUUCUCUUCAAUGAACCUCCAAUGUAUCACGUCUCCAUUAACUCAAGUAGCAUCAUGCUAGAUGAAAACUUUAAUGCAAAGCUUUCAGACGUCGGGCUUCAAAGUUCUGGUGAAAGUUAUGUCACAGUGCCACAUACCUCAUGCCCGAAAGAUUGCAUGGGUCAGGAAUGCGGUAACAUAAUGUUCCAGCUUGGGGUGCUGAUCCUGGAGCUCAUCACCGGUCAAUCAUCAGAAAAUGGAGGAGCAGAUCUAGUUCAAUGGAUCCGGGAGUCUCGCUUCUGUAGUUCUAUUCACAAGAUGCUAGAUCCUGAUCUUGGUAGCAGUUACGAUUCUAGGGAGCUCAAAAGUCUUCUAGCUGUGGCAAAGUUAUGUGUUAGAGAUGGGGAUAAGCCAAAGGCUUCUAUGCAGCAAAUUCUGCGGUAUCUCCGUAAAAAGAUCGAAAUUCCACGAGACUAGUUUUUGUACUGAAUUUAUUAUCAUUUCAUACGAAAAUUUUCAUAUUUUAUGAAACCAAUAUUUGAUUGUUUCAUGGAGAGUUCGUACUCUCCAGGUUUGAUAUUUCUGCUUUCUGCCUUGUGGAUGAACGACUUUCUAAUUUGUUUUGAAAUAUAUAAAUAAAUUAAUAAUAAUUCCACUA